AUGGAGAGCGGCCACGGCCUCGCGCGCGUCAUCCAGCAGCUGCAGGAUGAAAUCAGGAAGCUGGAGACUGAGAACAAGACGCUGCGCGGGCAACUCAGCCUGCCGCUCACUGAGACAUCACCUACCGAGUCUGAACGGAGAGCUGGAACCCAGGAGAACCACGCGAACCUGAGACGGAACAUUUCGGCACCGACACUGGAGGGCCAGUACAAAGAAAACACGAUCAUGACCGUCCGGAGGUAUUCCAUAUCCUCAAACGCAAUUCAUGUGCCCUGUAAGAGUGUGAGCUCACACAAAUAUCGGAGCGAUAGCGACUGGACCAGACUGCGAGGAGAACUGCAUGGACUCAGCCAUACGGCUACAGAGGACAGAGACAAAACCGAAGGCAAACCCGUAAACCGGCGCACGCUUCAGCACUGCGUCAGCAAAGCCAGAGCCAAAGAGAAGACGGUCACAUUCCUGCUGCCUGUGGAUGACAUCUACACCAACCGGCCCUUUAUGGCAGACCACCUGAGCGACACAAGCCCGUGCGAUCUCCAGGUGAUAUCAGAAACAGAUUCGUGA